AUGGCAAACUUCAACACCAUCCCGGGUACUACCCCCAGCAAGCCAGAACCAUUCACUCUCCACGUCCCAGAGACAGACCUCACCGAGUUCCACGAACUGCUAAAACUCUCGAAAAUCGGUCCACAAACAUGGUGGAACCAACAAACCGACGGCCAUUUCGGAGUCUCGCGCGAGUGGCUGUCCGACGCAAAAGAAGCCUGGCUGAAGACAUUCAACUGGCGCGCACACGAAGCACAAAUCAACAGCGUCCCCAAUUUCAAACUCACCAUCCAUGACCACGAGGCUGGCGAUGUCCGUAUUCACUUCGCUGCCCUGUUCUCAAAACGAGACGAUGCUGUCCCUGUUCUCUUCCUGCAUGGGUAUCCAGGCUCGUUCAUGGAGUUCCUUCCCAUGAUGCAGUUGCUGGUUGAGAAGUAUACGCCAGAGACGCUGCCGUAUCAUGUUAUUGUACCUUCAUUACCAGACUAUGGGUUAUCGGGCGGUGCCAGCGAGAAUGUUGAGAUGACUCUCGAUCGAGCAGCACGGAUCAUGAACCAGCUGAUGGUUGACCUUGGGUUCGGCGAUGGGUAUAUCGCACAGGGAGGAGACCUGGGCAGUAUGCUUGCACGGAUGAUGAGCGUUGAAUACCAGCAAUGCAAAGCACUUCACAUAAACAUGCUCGUGCUCAACACCGAUGAAGCACCGCCAGAACCGGAGACCCACGAUAUUACGCCCGAAGAAGCAGAACAUCUCGAACGAACAGAGCGCUGGCGUGAGACGGGCUUCGCGUACGCUCUUGAACACGGUACUCGGCCGUCGACGAUCGGUCUUGUUGUGUCCUCUAAUCCGCUCGCUUUACUAGCCUGGAUCGGCGAAAAGCACCUCGAAUGGACAGACCCACGCCAUCCCCUCCCCCUCGAUACAAUCCUAGGCAUGGCUAGUUUCUAUUGGUUCACAUCGACACUCCCGCGCGGGCUCUACCACGCAGCACUGGUGAAGAAUAUCCUCGCAGGGCGACGACAUCCGAUAACGAAGGCGAAGCCGCUCGGGUACUCGCGGUACCCGUAUGAUAUGGCAAUGCUGCCGGAGUCCUGGGCGAGGGAGAUUUAUCCGAACCUUGUGCUGUUCAGGAGGCAUAGCCAGGGUGGGCAUUUUGCUGCAUUGGAGAUGCCGGAGGCGUUUCUUGAUGAUGUUGAGGAGUUUAUUAGGCUGGUGUGUGACGGUCUGAAGGAAACCUGA